AUGCAGCAUCCUGGUGGAACAUGCGUGGCGUUACCCAACGUGGACGCCUGUCCUCAGCUGUCCUGCGCUGCCCUCACCUUCAUGUAUUUACAGCAGGUGAGUGAGUGUGUGUGUGUGUGUGUUCAUGUGUGUGUGAUCUAUAGUGAUUUAUGGGUCUUGUGCUCGUGUCGUUGUGCUGCUGCUGCUGCUGGACAGGAGAAGUGGAGUGAGCAGGAUGAAUGUGUGCUCAGAUACUUGGAGGAGAAUACAGGGAAACACGGAGAGUGUGUGGGAAUCCAGCAGGAGUGUGUGUUGGAGUGUGUGUGAGCGCUGCUGAUGCUGGAGCUUCCUCCACUUCUUUAAGGAUGAAGGAUUCACAGAUUUAUGUUUGUUUAGUGUUUUAAUUCUGGGAAAAGUUUCUCUGUUUGGAUUUUUAUCUCUGUCUGCGGUGUGUGAGGAAAACUGGAGCUUUGAUUUACGUUGGAGUGUGGAUUCAGAGGUCUGAGUUUGGGCUGUGUGAGAUAAAAUAAGACAAUUUUACAGGUUAUUUGUCAGUUUGUGGUUUUAUUUGUUUCUUAUAUUUCACAGACAAGCGACAUCCUCAAAGCAGAAUUAUGUAACGGAUAUAUUUCCUCCUUAAAAGCAUCGUUAAACCAUCUGUACAUUAUUCUUUUGUUUUUAGAGAUGUCCGUCUCUGAACGCUGAGCAGGUCCAACCUCAUGUAGAAGCUUAAUAUGGCAGCAUUAUUAAAGAGGAAGCUUUAAAUCCAGAAUUAUUCUGUCACUGUUAGUAAUGAGAUCAUUACAGAGGCGAAGGAAGACGUGGAAAUACAGGGACGUGAUGACACUCCACUGCUGUAGGGGGCGCCAACUGCAAAAGCAUUAGUUCCUACAGGCUAAAACCUUUAAGACUCGAUGACUUCACCUUGAAAAUGACCAAGUGUAUGAGGCAUGAGGGUUCGAAACAUCCUUUUGCUCUCUGAACAUUUCAUAAUUACACCAACCGUCUCCAUCGCUGCGGCGCAACACGAGAGAAAUCGAUGAUCGUGCCGAGAUAGAAACAGAUGUAGAAAUAUCGUUGAUAUCUUUCAUUUCUACCUGCAGGGAAACGUAUUUUUUUGUGUAGUGAUGCUUCUGUGUUUCGGCAUUCGUCUGUCCAUUCAUGUUUCCCCUGGGAAUGUCGCGUUUCAUGUCAUUACGCUAUGAAUUGUGGGUAAUUCCUUAAUGCGAGGUCUGCAGACAGGAUGCAUGAAGGGCUCAGUGAGUGUGGACCAAACUUGAUUAAGCUGCAUGAAACUGCAGUUCCUCGAGUGUCCACUGGGGGCCGGUUCAAAAGUAGAGGGAGUCCUAUUGAAGCUCAUUUAAAAAUGUCAUUUUUUAAAUCUCACUUCUUUAGUCCUGAACUUCUCUUCACAUGAAGUCACCUGACACAUCCAGGUGUAGCUGUAGCUCCGCCUCUCUGCCUGUUCCCCGGUCAGCUGGAGGUGAGCUGUGAUUGGCUCUCCACCUUCAGCUCCAUGAGGCGUCUUUACAUGGCAGUGGGUGACGUCACUGAGAAAAACCUCCAUGUUUUAUACGAUUUAUGAGUUUGACGAGGAGGCUGUGUCUCUUCUAACACAGUGUCUGCAGCUCUCGACCCUUUCCUCUCGCCUCCCUGAUGUUCAGCUGUUCUGUCAAGAAAUAUUUGAUAAUGGGAGAGUAUUCAGCUUAGUUUCAUUAAUCAGAAAUGAGCUUCAAUGAGAACACGUUUAGUCUAGUGCCAAAAGUCAUGGGUGAGUUCAGUUGCAGGGAAAGGUUUGCAGUAGAUUUUUAUAUUUUUGCAGAUAUUCAACCAGCAAAAAAAGGAUCCGAAGUUUGUCUUUUAAUUACAUUCACAGACAACUAACAUCUUUCCUUUAAUGCUGAUCAACCCUCACACAGGAUGAAAUCACUUUUUGUAGAUUUGUUGGCAAAAAAAAAAACAUUUUUAAUCUGCAGUUUAAAUGUUGAAAAUGUCACACUUCUUUCUUUUGCGAAGAUUUUAUUGAAAAUUUUUUAAUGCAAAUCCUAUUUCUUGUAGGAUUUGCUGUUUUUUGCUCAUGAAACACACGUUAAUAAUUGAAUGUGUAUCAGUUAUAUUAAUUAGAUGUUGUUUUCUUGAUCGAUCAGAUUGUUUCCUGCUGAUUAGAGAUGUUUUUGCUCACACCAGCUUCAUGUGUGUGAAGAAAUGAGUCUCGAGUGCAUAAAGAGGCGGCGCAGCAGGAGCGUCCUGCUGCUGGGGUUACAAUGUUUACAUCCUGCAGGCCUCACCCCCUCCCACACACACACCCACACAGACACACACAGGGAUCAAUCAUGAGCUGAUCAGUCCCAGUAGAUGGCGCUACACUGUCACACAUCCAUCACUCUGAGCUUUAAGGUGUCAGAUGUAAAGCUGGAACACUUCCUCAGACUUGGCUCAAUGCAGUCUGCAGAGGUGAUCGCUUCAUUUGUCCUGAGAGGUGAUUGGUCGAUCUGCAGACGACAUAAGGAACAGAAAAAUUCAAAUAUAAAAAAUAAAAUAAGAGAUAUUUCUUUUCUUUUUGCAGAGGAUUGGAAAACAAACAAACGACCAGAAAAGAAAUCAAGUCUCAGUCAAAGUGAUGGAAAAAAAAAAAACCUGCAUCCCAAAGUUUAUUCAGAGAAAAGCAGAAAAGUGAUUUUGUGUGACUGUGAUGGAGCGCGGACGUGAUGGACUCAUGAAUGAGAGUUUCUCCAACAGGCAGUGACAGUUCGGAGUUGGAGGCCAUGUCUCUGAGAUGGAAGAAGGAUGUUUGGGAUGAUUUAUUUAGAGGGUCUGGGGAAGCUGAAAUCACUCGAAGUUUUUCACCGAAAUGAACUCGAGUUUGAAAAUAUGACCAGAGCUUUUUUUAACUCCCUGGUUUCUGCAUCUUCUCCUUCGUUCUCUCCACACUCUGUUGUUUCUUAUUCUUCUCAUGCAGGCCUGUAGGAGUUGACAAACACAUGCAUAUGCCUGAGUAGGUGUGUUUUUCGAAUAAUGCAUGUGUACAGAGACGAUUAGCUGCGUGUUGCAUAUGUAGAUAGUGUAGAUUAACGUUUCCCCCAUUCAGCUUUCUGUCACUGUGGGUGUUUUCGUGCGCGCGUGUGGGUGUGUUGUUGCAAAACAGGAUUUAGUGUGGGUUAAGCUUCUUAUUGUUUUAUUCUCUGCGCUUUUGUGACAUCAGGUAAAAUCAAUUAAAUAGGAACUGAUGUGCACACAGAUGGAUAUAUUCAUGCAGCAAACAUACGAGGAAGGUGGAGCUCACACUGGAUCUUUCUUCUUCAAUCUCCAAGUUUUAAUGUUGUUGUAUUUUCACCUCUCCAAAUUGCAGAUUUCCACUAAAGUAAGAGUCAGUUUUUUAAUUCGAACACCUCUGUAGGAGGGCAGAGCAGACAUUUAACAUCCUUUUGCACAAACAGGCGUCAUGAAAAUGUGGAUAAACGGUCACGUAAGGACAGAAACAGAUCAGAAAAUGAUGCAUGAAAAAAAUCACACAGCUGUGAGGAUGCUUUCUGCGUUUUCUGCUUGUUUUCCGCACGUUUCAGUGCAUCUCAAAAAACAGAGGAAGAGGAAGCCUGUGAGGCGAGGAUGCAGACAUGCUCAUGGACGAUACGGUGCAGAUUUAUUAACAAAAAAAAAGGACGAGUCGAUAUGAUAUCGUCUUUUUUUCUACAUUUGCAGCUUUGCAAUUUGUGCAAACUAAUCAGGUUGUGUUGUCGUUAAAAAUCAGGAUAUCAGGACCAGGAUCGGGUUCAUUGGAAGUAGAUUUGGAGCUAAAAUCACAAACGCAGAAUAGAUGUGAUAAAAAUCCAGAGUUAGAGUGGAAGAAGAAGAAGAUAUAAAACAAAAAAAGACGCAAAAUUUGCAAAAGAGAGCAGAGAGGUGCAGCACAGACAUCUCGUGGUGCAUAAAGACAGAGGAGGACGAUGAAUUCAUCUUUUUAUUCCAGUAAGAGAGUUUUUCUCCAGAGUGAGGGGAGUCAGAGGGUGAGCUGUGUGUUUAUGACCCAGUUCUGAGAAAACCCUGGUAUUGUGGGCCUUCAGCCUCUUCUGCACAGAAGAGAAAGAAAGAAAAGAAAGAAAGAAAAGAGCGGGGAAGAAAAUGCAGAGGAAUCUAAAGUGUGACCGAGUUAAAGCCCGCAGCCAAAGAAUAUUUUACCGACGCUGCGGGAUGAAAGAGCGAGAAGAGGAGCGGAGAAAAUGGCUUCUGCAAUCUGACAAUUUGUCAUUAAGCAACUUUCCUCCAUUAGUCUCAUUCCUCCAUCACGCUCUUUCUUCAUCCCCUGCUGCACGCUGGUAUGUGUGUGUCUGUGUGUGUGUGUGUGUGUGUGUGUGUGUGUGUGUGUGUUAAUGUGGGGUGUGUGUGUGUGUGUGAAGAGAGAGAGCUUUUGUUUUCAGAUUACACCGAGAGUAUUUCAGAUUCUGCUGAUGUGUUGGCGUGUUAUGCCAGAACAUUGUGCUCGUGUAUUUGUAUGUGUGUGUGUGUGUGUGCGUGUGUGUGUAUGUAUGUGUGUGUGUGCAUGUGCAUGGGUGUGUGUGAGCGUAGCUUGCCUACAUAGGGAAUCUGGGUCUUUGAAGCUAUAUAUAGUCGAGCCAUGUAAGACAUUUUGAAUACAUCUGAAGGCCUUCGGGGAUUCUGCGUGUGUGUGUGUGUGUGUGUGUGUGUGUGUGUGUGUGUUUCAGACAGCGGCACGCAGUAAUUAUUUUUUGAUGCAAUGAUUUUUUUUGAACUCAUGCCUCUCAUGUUCCUGUUGUUUCUGAAAAGCUCAAUAAUCUGUCAUGUAAAUGUGUGAAAAAGUGGAGCCAUCUUUCUCCACCCCUCACACACACACACACACACACACACUCACACACACACACACACACGCAGAGUCGAUGCAGUCGAUCUUUAAUCAUGUACACACAUGUUCUCCCGCUCAUGAAUGUUGCUGCAGGAAAUCAAUUCUUCGAUAUUCUCGGAGAAAAGACAAAACCGCCUCGAUGAGAGGAACGCUGACGUCUCUGAAAUAUUGACGCCGGCGCAGGAGAGAGAAAUUGAGUUUCAGCUUCUUUUGGUUCGAACCGUUUUCAUUAAUCUGAGAGGCGAGAUGAUGCAGAAUUUUACUGUUUUAAUAACGAGGGAUAUUCAAAUAACUGAAGAGUGAAACAGAAAGACUCAUGGAGGGUUAGUCCUCACAAACAGACAUCUGACACAUAAACUUGAUUAAUUUAGUCAAAGUAUUUCAGGUUAAACGUUCUUCAGGUUUUAGUGGAAGUUGCUGAGUCAUGUUAUUACCUGUCUGCAGUGAAAAACACGUGAAAUGACGGCAGAUCAGAUUUAACAGUAACUUAUCAUUUAGAUUGUAAAAUAAUAGAGUUUAAUGUUCCUUCAAUGCCGAUAUUGAGACAGCAUUUUGGCUAAUUGCCGAUUUAUAAUACUGAUAUCACAUUGUUGUUUUUUUAUCAAUAUAAUAAAGUCAACAAAUGAGGAAUAAUAUCGCUGAACUUGAGUGAAUAUUUAAUUAAAUAAAUAAGGAUGAAAAAAAAACAUCGAGUUUAGUAAAAUAUCGUCUCAAAGGACUUUCAGAUUUCUGCUCCAGAAUAUAUCAGAUCAAUAUUUUUAUUGUUAUUAAACUGCGUUUUUCUGUCCAUCAAAAUCAUCAGAAUUUAUAUGCAACACGAGUCAGUCUCAGAUUUGAUGUUGGCGUUGUGAGGGCCGACGCCAAUUACGGCAAAAUAUCGUUAAUCGUCCAAAUUAACUGGAACAUCUGUAGAACUUAUGAUUCCGACUAAGAGUUUAAGGUUUUUAUUUCAUGAUCAUGUUGUACGUAUGUAUUUAUAUAUAUAUAUGCCCCGCCCACAUGGGUUUAUGUGACACCAUGAGUUCACACAGUAGGGUGACCAUACGUCUUCUUUUACCCGGACAUGUCCUCCUUUUUUGGGGCUGGAAGUUUUGAGUUUGUGUUGCGUGGACUUAGCGUAAAAAACACUCGACCCGAAAACCCCCAAAAUUGAUUGGGCGCAACUUCGUGACUCCGCCCCCUGUAGUCAUGUCCUCUUUUUAGGGAUUCAGAAUAUGGUCACCCUAUCAGUCCAGGGUCAGAGACAAAAGACGAAAACUAAAGAAAAUACGCACUGAUACGUCAACACUCACUUGUUUAAGAGACAAAAUGAGAAGCUUUGAACUCACCAAAUUGAAACAGCUUCUGUUUGAGGUUAAAUUCCUGUUUUUGUGAAUGGAGUCUGGUGUCUUAUUUUUGCGGGUUAAGGUGUGGACCUCACGUACAGAAGCUGCAGUCCUCCUCCUUCUGUCUUUCUGGAGCCGUCAACAAAAAUAGUUGAAAAAAGUCGUUUCCCUCGGAGACGAAGCGCCCGCUCUCCACUGGGAUCUUUUUGUCUAAUGUUGUCAGACACGCGGAGUAACAAUCUGAGCCUGUCAGGGACACAAACAGACACUUGUCGUUGUCACACAUGUUGGUUCAUGCUCGGCGUGUUCUGACUCUUCCAGCAGAUCUUCCUAAAUGUCACAUCGAUGCAGAGCUCCCUCCCUCUGUUGUGGAUUACACAGUUUGGCAUGUGUUACAACAAUGGGUUCAGAGGCUGCUGUUCUGUUUGAUUGUUUCUGAUCAUGGACUGACCCCUCCUCUGCUCUGUCCGCUCUCCUUCUGCUCAUCCGUCUGAAAAUAGAUUUGGACGAACAUGCAGGUCUAUAAACGCAGAUUUAGAGGGAAGUUCUGAUGGUGGACAUGACUGACAGUUUCCUGUUUUUAGGGAAGGUUUGUGAGCGUAAACGUUAAUGAUGAAACAUCAUUUAGUAGCUGGAUGAUGCACAAGUGUCAGACAUGAAUGUAGGGCUGGGCGAUAAGGCCUUAAAUCAAUAUUUGGAUAUAUUGAACAGUUCGGUAACGUUUAAGUUGUGCUGGUUUGCUCUUCUUUGCAUCACAUCUGCUUUAACAGUUCGGCAAAUGGCGAUUUUAUUGUCUGUUUGAUAUGUUGUUGAUGUUGUUGUUGUUGUUUUUUGGGGGUAAAAAUUGUGUUUGCAUAGUCAACGCUUUACUAAAUCAGCUUUAAAUGAUCAUAUUUUCUAGGGCUGGGCGACAUGGCCUCAAAUCAAUAUGGCGAUAUAUUGAUCAAUGAAUGGACAAUAACUUCCCCACAUGCUGCUCACCCCCUCCCACAUUAACUUCGUCUACUUAUCGUCGUAAAUUUCGGUAUCGGUACAUUUUCGGUUUAGCGCGCAGCCCUCAGCCCUUUUAGAUUUAAUUGUAUUAUUUAUUUUGAAUGAUUCAAGAGGGAAGUGUAAAAACACACCAGUUUUAGGCGGUAAAAAUCCCAGUAAAAGGUCGACCUGAUGGUCUUGUUUGUUUUUGUAUAUCCACAUGAGUCUCAGUCCGUUUCAUAAACUUAAAAAACUCCUUACAGGAGCUUUAAUUCACUCUCACCUGGUUAACCGUUUCUUUCUCUCAUAGUCUACCUAUUUAUUUAUGUAUUUGACACCAAAUAUAACGAUAAAAUGACGUUGGUUAUCGUCGUAAAUUUCCGUAUCGGAAUAUUUCAGGUUUAUCGCCCAGCCCUACAUGAAUGCAUCUCUUAGACAAGGAGAGUUUAAUUGAAAUGGCACAAACAGAUCAUGCUAAUAGAUGAUAAAAUAACUCAAAAGCUACUCAACCCAAAGACGGUUUGUGAUCCUUUAAAGGUGAAUUUAGUUUGACCAGUUUAAGGUCUUUUAUUUUCAGAGCUCACCUGCAAAAACAGGAAACAGAAAUGGAGGAUCUGAGCGCAGCAGCACUUUCAUUAUUGAACGUUUUAAGACUCCCUGCACCGUAUUGUCCCCUCGCUCGUCACUCCCUCCAUGACUGAGACUCCAGGCUGCGUCUUUAUUGUGUUUUCCACCUCCAGCUGCAGCCGGUUGCUUUUUAAACAAGUGGCUUUUCCACCGCCGGUCUCUGCAGUGUGUUUUCUGAGUGUGUUUUUGUGAGUGCCGUGUGUUGUUGCAGGAUAAAGUGAGUCCUGGUUGAGAGGCAGCUCUUGUUCAAAGAGCGGAUUAAAAGUCCCGUCUUCAGACCUGCAGAGAAACAGAGCGAGGUAAAAGGACAGGAGAUAGUGUCUGUUACAAUCUGCGGCGACUCGGCAGAGAGGCUGUUUUACUUUCUUUUUAGGAUUCCUCUUCAAACCCAGACGCGGCCGUACAAAGGCCCGUGUGCUUCUUUGUCAUCUUGGGGAGCUUUACUCUGCAAAUAUCCAAGGGUGGUUCUGUUCCGACAAUGUCCUCGGCCUUAACAAUUCAGAUAAACACUUUGAAUCAUGUUUCAUUUGUGGCCUGAAGGAGGAGGAGGAGGAGGAGAAGGAGGAGGAGAGGGAAAAUGAAAACAGAGAUUCACAGACUCAGAUGGAAAUGUUUCUGAUUUACACGUCAGCGUUGUGAAUAUCUGCUUUAAAACGACUCCACCGAUCAAACUCUGCAGUAAAGUCAGCUUUUGUUGGUUUUUCUCCUCGUGUCGGACUAAUAAAGAAAUGACUGCAUGUGUGCAUGUUUCACUGACACGGCUGACUGAGUGUGUACGUCCUGUUCUGCACACGCCCAGUCCAUCUCUCUCUUUCUCACACACUCACGACCAGUCAGUCAGUCAGUCAGUCCAUGGUUGUGUUCAUGUAACGACACGCAAGAGCUGCACGGAUGGCUGGAGAGGAAGAUGGAAAGAGAGAGAGAGAGAGAGAGGAUGAAGAAGUAGCCUGAGUGAAAAAAAAAACCCAGUCUGCUCUGUUACAAAAAAAAAAAAGAAAACAUCCUCACGUAGGUUUGUAAAAAUGAAGACAGAGAAGAGACGGGAUGUUUACUCUCCUGUCAGCAGGUUGUUGGUGUCGAUUCGCUCCUCUAUAGGUUCAAAAGUCUUUACAUCUCCUCGUUGCAGAUACAGACACUGCAGCUCUUUGAGUCAGAUAAUAAAACCUGUAAGAUUUAAGAGGCUUCAGCAUCCGUGACAUAUUUAAGAAACUACGAUUGGGAAAUAAAGUCGAAACUUGAUUCAAAACUGACUUUACUUAAAGGGUUUGCAGGAGAAUCAUCUGUGGAAAAAAGAAAAAAUCAAUAGUAGUUAUUAUUUUCUGGAUGUUGAUCUGAGGACACCAGGACACAAGAAAAUGUCAAUACUGAGAAAUAGAAUCUUAAAAGCAGCUCUGAUUCAAAAACUAGAACUAGGAUUUAAAUUCAACAACAAAAAAAACAUUUGCAUAUUUUUAAUCUUAUUGUUGUGUGACAGUGCAGGUAGCUGCAGAAAUGCUGUAGAUUAAAUGAAUUUAUAGUCAUAUAUUCAUUUGCACUGGCACUAGAAAAAAAGCAGGUUCACUGGAAUUUUUGUGCAAUACAAAAACAUAUAUUUUUGUCCACAGGGGGCGCCAAAUUUGACACAAACCGAAAGUUCCUCCCUGAGCUUUAAAAACGACACUUUAUAAUUCGACCUUUUAAGCUUCUUAAUGUUUUAAUUACUAGUUUUCAGCCUCUUUAUUAAAAAUGCAUCAACUUUCAUCAACUCUCAUCUCUAUUUUAAUAGAAAAUGGUUCAUUAAAACUGAAAAUGAUUAUAAUGCAUCAAUAAAACUAGUCUAGUGAGUGAAAUGAGGAGUUAAAGAACACCUUAAAGCAUCACUCUGGACCUGGACCUCCUUUUUUAUGUCUCUUCUCAGUCUUAAGCUCAACACAGAUUUAUUUUGGCUUUUUUUGAAAGAGUCCAGAAGGUUUUAGUUUGUUUUUUUUACACAUCUCAUUUAAAAGUCUAAAUCCAGAGAACUCUACGGCUGAAAGUUAGGUGUAAAUAAACUCCCACCAUGAGCAGCAGCUUCUUCUCCCUAAACUCAAUCUGGAAUCUGUCGUAGUUUUGGCUCCACGGACCUGUUUUCUGUUUUUUUACAUUUUUGGAAAGAUUCAUUAAAAAAAUCUCUCAGUUUUCAACCAUAAGAAUUAAACAGAGUGACUCUAAAUUAUGGAAACGCUCAACAAGAGAAGCCAACAUCUCACUGGCAGCAGAAGUCGAUAAAACUGCUCUGAACAUUUUGUUACUUCGUCAUUGCCAAGACUCACUUUGAAUUUACAUAUUUAUAAUUACGACACGUUUGCAACGGUGUUUAAAUAAAAGCAAAUAUGAAGUUUGGCUGAAUACGAGUAUCACAUUAAAACAGAUUAACAGCCCUGCAAACUAACGCUGAGAGCCGUCGUUAAGUGAGGAGGACACUUUGCAGGACGGUUGCGUCAGGCGAGGGUGAGGAGGGGGUUAGUUUUAGCGAGGUCAAAUCAACUGCCAGCUGAGAGGAGUCUGCAGAACCCCGUCCCGCCCUGAGCUGCUCUAAUAGACUCAUAUACGGCUGUCAGAUUUAGUUAGACUUGUUUACUUUGUUGUUGAUGUUUUUUUCUGAGAACUCAGACCAGCUCCGGGUCAGUGUCGGCUCAUGCACGGAUCAUUUACACCUGGACCGGGUAACACCGGUAACACGGUUAGCUGAAUCGACUCUGAGUAAACACAAACAAACAGAAAUUAUCGUUUGGUUAUUUGGAUUUCAGGUUUCCUGAGCACACGCAUGCACAGAUAUUUUUAAUUUCAUUCAGACAAUCCAUAACUAUAACUUAAUAACACACACCAACAUUACUGCAAUAUUAUAUAAUACAAAACUAUACAAGACAAGAUGCAAAACUAUUAAUUAUUUAUCAGUAUAUUACAACAAGUAACAAGAAGUUGCAACAGAAUGUGAUAACUUAUGAAAACCAAACAGCCUGAUAUUAUUUGAUACAUUUGAGAAACUAUGAUAUGAUAUAAUAUUAAAAUAAAAACAGGAUUAUGGAACAUGGCAGUGUAGCGUUGUACUGCAACCAAUAAUGAUGUACCUCAACAUGCUAUAAUAUACUGCACUGUACUAUAAUAUACCUCAUAUAUAUUACAAAAAGAAAAUACUGUGCUUUACUAUACUAUUUUAAACUAAACUAUACGAUAGUAUACUAUACGAUACUAUGAUAUAUUAAACUAAACCAGGCUAUAGAAUACAAUUUGAAACGUAACUAUACUAUACUGUACAUUAAUAUAUUUAACUAAACUGUGCUAUACUUUACUAUACCAAAAUAUACUAUAUUAUACUACACUAUACUUUACAAUACUAUAUUUAACUUAACUAUAUUAUGUAACACUAUACCAUACUGUACUAUAUUAAACUAAGUAAUGUAAUACUAUUUAAUACUAUAGGGUACUAUAUAUGAAACAAAACUACACUAUACUAAACUACACUAUACUAUACUAUACUAUACUAUACCUCUAUAAUAUAUUAUACUAUACUACACAUAGUAUACAUACUAUGCUACACUACACUACACUACACUACACUAUACUAUACUACACUUUACCUCUAUACUAUACUAUACUAUACUACACUUUACCUCUGUACUAUACUAUACUCCUCCAUACUUUACUAUACUAUACUAUACCAUACUGUACUGUACUUUUCCAUUCUAUACUCCUCUAUACUAUACUGUACUAUACCCUACUCUUUUAGACUAUACUAUACUAUACUAAGCUAUACAAUACUCUUCUAUACUACACUAAACUAUACUCCUCUUUAGCAUACUGUACUUAUUUAUUCCAUACAAUACUUAACUUUACUCUGUUCUUCACUACUUCAGUAUGUUUACUCAAUACUCUCUGCAACUCUACUAAAGUUUUCUUAACUAUUCUUUACUAAAUUAUACUUUACUAAACUGAACUAUUAAUACUUUUCUUUUAUACACUUUUCUCAUCUAAACUGAACUUUCCUACGCUACACUACACUACACUGACUUCCUGUUGAGUUUGAGUUUGUUACCUGGUCAGAGAAGGUAAAAGUUUCCCGCUCACUUAUUUCAAAGUUGUUGUUUUUUUUUUUACUUUCCUACUCUCUAUUUUAAUCGUUAUACUUUUUUACAAACCCAGACUCUGAGCAGAGAGGUUGUCGGGUCAGACGUCGUAAAGCUGUUAAGUCUUUGUAUAAAUAAAACUGACCUGUCUGGAUUCGCACAUGUCUGGAAACCACAAAGAGCAGCUCUGAGUUUCUGCAGCAGGAGCAGAAUAUAAAAAACUUGAUGUUGUUGGAAAAGCUUCAAAGUGUUUGUUUGAGUCACAUCACGACAUGAAUCAUGAACCGAAGCUCUUUGAAGGAGAAAAAUCAGUAAAAUCAUGUGUUAGAUGUUACGCUGUAAUAGUCCCGCUGCGUGUGUGAGUGAGUGUGUAAGUGUGUGUGAGUGUGUGUGUGUUGUGGUGCUGAAUGAACAGCUCCUGACCUCCAGUUUUUUUACAUCUGCUGCUGCAGUGAUUCAGUGAUUCAGUCCUGCUGAUGUUUCUGUUUCUGGGCCGGACGAACUGACCGAAGACUUGAACCCAGAGUCUAAUAUCUGUUGAUGAAUCCCUCCUCUCUCUCUCUCUCUCUCUCUCUCUCUCUUUAUUACCCCACUAAAGUCACUCACUUCAAACUCUGCUGUUUAUUUUGGUUCUGAGUCAGUUUACACUUGAUGCUGCUGCAGAUUUUAUGCAUGGAAAAUAUGAGCUGCACACUUUUACUCUGCACUGCACUGGAGACCUUGUACCUGUGGUUGCAUUAUGGGAAAUGUAGGAUCAACCUCUGCUGAGCGCCCUGAACUGUAUGUGGUGUAGAUAUUCAGAGGGUGAGUUUUAGGUGUCUAAAUAACAAAGACACGUCCUCUUUAUCGCUCUGAUAAACACUUACAGGAGCAGGAACUUUUUCAUGUGACGCAAAGUCAACGUUUUUUUCUGGUGUCUUUGCAGAGAGCGAUGAAACGGCUAUUUCUGAUUAAAAUGACAUUUUCCUCUUCAAUAAGAAACAGAAUAUCUCUUCCUCUUUGCAAUAUUGUCAGAAACUCAAAAUAUGAGCAUUUGCAUGAAACGCAUUGUAAAAUUAUUUUCUGUUGCACAAAAUGAGGAUAUUUACAGUCUAUAAUUGUUAUAUUUUCCUAUUAGAUGGUAGUCAGACCAUCAUAAUCAUGCAUUCAUGUUAUUUUUGGUGCAGCUGAUUGAAUCAUCAGCUAACCCCAGAUAAAUUUAUUGUAAGUUAGAGGUUUAAAAAGCUGAAUUUUGGUGCAUCAGGUGAGAACUAAAUUGCAAAGACAGCUUAUUUGUAGAUCCUGAGAUUUUCAGCCAUUAUGCACUCUUCAGUAUAUUUUUAUUUAGUCAAACACAGUGUAUAUUUUUCAUACUUCAUAUUGAGCAAACCUGGAGUCAAAUUCGCACAAAGAGACAAAUUCGAUCGAAUAUAUGGACAUAAAAACAUCACAUUCAUGAUUCCCUGAUAUUUUUUCACAUUAUAGUAAAUAUUGCAUAAAUAAACAUACAGUAAUGUCAGUUAUUUUCAGUAUCCUCCAGCCCGUCAUCGACCGAAACAUCAGAGACAGAAACAUGUCGGCACUUGUGCAGUUUUUGAGAUCUGUAGCCGGUUCUGAUCAGCUGAGCUAAUCUGCCUCAUGGUUAGGAGUAAUGUUUCUGCAGUCAGGAGAGGACUUCAAAACACGUACAACACAUCGCCAUGAUUCUGAGCCUCAUUUUACUCAUUAAAGGAUCAUGCUGCAGCCUGUUGUGUGGCUGAACGAUGAAGAGAUCUACAGGAGCAUUUCCAACAUCUCAGUGUACCUGAUAGUAUCUUUAAAAACACACAGGGUCCUCAAACUUCACCACUGAGCUUAACUUUAAAUACUUUCAGGACCACAGAGGAGCUGAGGGAGGAAACAGAGAAAUAGAUCAUGAUGCAGACAAUCGAAAUGAAAAGAUCUGUUUAUUUUUAGAGAGUUUAAAAAUGAUAAAUAUGUGAGAAAUCAUCCGAUUUAUCCUGAAACGGCAGCUGCUCUCACAAAGAGAGCGAACGGAGGUCUGCUGCUGCAGCGGCGGUGGUGGUGGUGGUGGUGGUGGUGGUGGGAUGAAGAUGGAGAAAAGGGGGAGAGGUGGGGAAGACUCCACAACCUCAUUAUGUCUGUUGGCAUUUUAACUCCUUUUGAUGAUUUAGUAAGAAGAGAGGAUGGAGGAGGAGGAGGAGGAGGAGGAGAUGUGUUCUCUCCUCCGUCCAUGACACCAUUUUAAUCCCCCCCCCACCCACCACCGCACCACCACACCACCACACCACCACACCAGCACCAUGACGAGGGGGAGAGAGAAGAAAGAGAAGUGAGUGUCUUUAAUUUAGAGGGAUCCUGAAUGCGUGAAAUCCUUUAUGCUAUCUGGGUCACAGUGUGCCUUACAGGCUGAGGAAACACACACACACACACUCACACACACACACACACACAUAAAACUGAAGCCUACUGAUUUGUUCGUUUAUUCAUUUUGUGUGUCUCUGUAGCAGCAUUGUGUAGGAGCAGCAGCAUUGUGUUUUCUGCAAGUCCUCCAAUCGUCGAGUUCAAACCGGUCCUCAUCGUCACCCGGUCCACCUUCGGUUCUCCGGGUUCUUCACCUCUCUGACAGACUCAUAAAACCUCCUUUAGAUAAGAGCGGAGGAUUCCUGCCGACGAUACGUUUCAGAUGCUGACGUCUGAGAGGUCGCCGCAUUAGUGAAAAUGCAGAAAUCAUGAAGUCUGAAUGAAUUUUUCUGCACCGGUGGAAAAAAACAAGAGCUAAAAUGACAAAACCACCAAACUGGAGGGUGAAACUCCUCUGAGAUUUCUCUGUUUUUAGAAGUUUAAAGGAACAAUAAGGAGUUUUCUGGUCGUGUUGACGAAAUGCAAAACAACUUCUUUUUCAUCCUGUUUUUUUCAUCACUCUGCAUCCUGAAAAAAGUGACCACGGUCAUGAUGUGUGCACUAGUGUCCCUACAGAUGUCUUAAUAAUGCAAAUAUGCACAUGGUUUGACUCUUGAGUCCUCAAAGAGCAGGGAGACAUGCAAACAGGACAGAUGCCAGUCCUGCUACAGAGUCAGCCAAAACUCAACCCCAAAAACAGGCGCUAAAAUCCAGUUUUGAGGAAUAACGAUCAUGUUACUGAUUCUGUUGUUUUACUUUGAAAGUCACGAAGAGUCAGACUGUUUCUAAAACAAAAUAUUAAGGUUUUCAGAAACAGACGUGGAGAGAAAACACUGAAGGGUGAAUAGUCGUCUCUUUGCCAGAGAGGCUUUUAUUUUGAAAUUCCAGCCGUCUGAAGGGCGCAACAUACACAUGUUAGGAAAGGGGUGAUUCAUGGGUAGGCAGGACCUGAGGAGAGGAAUCUUGAAUGUAAACUCUAACCCUCCCAACCAGUUUUCCCCUCAGCUCCUCCUCUCCCCUCAAGCCCCGCCCACAAACAGACGCUCCUGCUCGUUCGUAUCGUUCCAAUUAAAUUCAGAUAUAAUGCAGAUAAAUACUUCAGAUCAUUACAAAUGGGGCCCAGUCAAGGUUAAAGUCAAAAGCAUUGGUGCUACUGUAGAUGCCAACAGACUACCAGCAAACACAAUGUUUGCAGGACUUCUACAACGAGGAUAAAGUGACAUAGACCAGGACCCGAGGUCAACAGUUUAGCGAUGGCGCUACAACACGCUACAGCAGGUCCGUUUGACAAGAAACACUUCUGUUACAGACACUUGUCUUACUUUGUUAAAGCGGUUUACCUGUCCAGCAGAAAGGUUACAGGGUCACCAAGAUCCCCAAGCGUCCCCCAUCGUUUAUGUUGACCCGGCUUUUUAGCUCUUGUCCGGUCUACCUCCGUUUUCAGCGCCCGUUAUCUAAGUCAUGUGCAUGAACUAAACCGGUGCAGACUUCAUUUUUAUUUUAAGAUAUAAUCAACUGAAACUCCCCAAAAGAUAAUGAAUCAUCAAAGAAACCGGCGUUGGAUUUAAGAAAAUAUCAUAUUUUUGGUAGUUCUCGAGUCAAACUGUGUUUUCUUUGUCUUUGGAUGAGUUGUUGCUAUGUUUGUCCCUCUAGGCCUCCGUAGAUCGAGUUGCUGCCCAAACAAGAAGCAAAUUCAAGACUCCAGACCCUUCAGUUUUUUAUUGAUCCUAAUCAAAGAAAACUCGACUCUGAGUUCAUCUGAAAUAACUUCAGACGUUUUUAUCUAAAUGUUAAAACCUUUUAAGUGCGGUUAAUUGAUGUGAUUUUACACGCACCACAGCUGGUCGUCUGUGUUUAUAAACAUGCACCAGAAAACAAGAUGGCGGUUUGUUUGUCUGCGCAGCCGGAGCACCUGAAGUUCGUGGAGCUCUCUCAUGUAAAUCGAAGGCGGCGGCGGUGGCGCUCAGACGUCAUCGCAGGGGUCCGUGUGGACUCCUGUAAAAUUUAGGUCAUGCAGACCCUGGUGGCGUGUGAGAAUCGGGUUAUUUUCGUCUCCCACCAAAACAAAAACAACAACAACAGAAAAAUCUGUGACUCCGCUUUGUAGUCCAUGCCCCCGAAGAACGGCGUGACGCUGCGACUCCCGAGAACCAAAACAUAAUUAAAAUCUGAAGAGGAGAACUGGGCUCUAUUCUUCUUCUGCUGCUGCAGACUCCGACUCAGAGAGGGAUCAGCUUUUAUUAGUCCGUGACACUCGGUUUAAGUGUUCUUCUCUGUUUGAGUUCAUUUAAUGGUCACUCUGAAAACUUUCAUUAGAGAAUUAUCAUUUAAAUGUCACAUUUUCUCUCAUUUCAGCAACACACGACUCCCUGAUCAUGUCCCACAAACCCUCGGCGUUCCAGAGAGGAGUAAAACAGACGUCUUCCAGCUCCGCUAAUGGAAGUAAAAUUCAAUUAGUCAUGCUCUCUCUUUCUCUGACUCGUCGUUUUUCUCUCUCGCUCACACAGACGGGCACCAGCGUGUUCAUCUCCAUCCUCUCUGAUCAGAUUACUCCGGCAGCUCGUGGUCACAUCAGUUAAAUCUGCGUCACUCUUUGAUGAACUCGCGCCGUUUUAAAAUCGAACGCUGAUACUUUUUCAUCGUUAAGGCCGGUUUAACGGGAAGCUCUUUACUUUAGUUUGCAGAGUAGUUUUAUGUUUGCAUCUUCAUGAUCCGAUUGUGAGUUUAUUUUUUCCACGCCGCAAAGGUGUGAAUAUAUUCCACUUAAAUUUAGACGCAGAGAAGAAAACGUACAUCUAUUUAAAAAUAGUUUAUUUUACUGCGUUUGUGAAAAUAAAAACUGUACUUCAGCUGACAAACAGGAAACUCUGUUUAAAUCCAUCUACAGGUUUUUGUUUAUAACUUUUGAACUUUUGGACCUUCUGGAGUCACAGCGGUGUGAGAACAUUAUUACGUUUGUUUGUUUUUACUGUUUUUAGAGGCUUUUUUAACAGCAGCCGCCUCUUUUUGCUGAAACACUUAAAAUCUUUGAUUUGCUGUUUAGAUAAUGUUGGAGGUGAUGCUGAUUAUGCUAAAAUUGACCGAUUAGUGAGUCGAUAAAACGUUUGGUCUAUUGAUUUGAUAUGGUGGUGAAAGUUACUGAUUAGUUAAAUCAGCUCUGUGAAUAUGAAACUUCAGAGUAUCUAAACUUUGGGGACUUUCACACUUACAUCGUUUGGUACGGACUUUCAGACUUUUCUGUUUGUCUGAACCAAAAUGACCUCCCCAGGACCUUGGUCCGACCAAAACUGAACCACGGUCUGGUUCAUGCCCAGUGUGAAAGCAUUAUUUUGAAAUGUUGGCAGGUAGAGUAGAAGUAUCUGUAAUCAUGUUGAAUGGAGAUUGUCCAAAAACAGGAAAUGUUAUAAUAUUGUAGAUGAAGUUAUUCCUCACUACUGACAGAUUAUCUUUUCAAGAGUUUUACUUCACAGACUUUCCUCUCGAUGACUCUUGCAAUGACUCGCAGGAUCGUUUACUUUCUGUUUCUUUCCUGUGGAUGUCGAUAAAGUUUUCCUUUAAUGAUCAAAUUCAUGAGACUUCAUGAAUUGUCGCUGUUGGAGGUAGAAAAUCAAAAAUAGUGCGAUAGUGGGAAUGACGAUUCCAUCCGUGUUUACACCGUUCAAGACCUGACCUCCAACGUGUUGACGUCAGACGCCCGCCGGCCAAAUGACCAAUCAAUGUAAACUAAAGAGAGACGCAAAGCAGAUAGCUGAUGACGAUAUCAUGUUGGUUUGUCAUGUGACAGUGUGAAACCUAAACAGACCAAACCAAACGUAGACAAUAUGACAAACCUCUUACACCGGACUUUCAGGUGAGAAGACGUCCUAAAGUACUUUUUAUUUUACAUUUAUCCUGAAAGUCAAUCCUAUCUGAAAAUAAAGGUACAGUCGUGUCGGUCUGCUCAGGUUCAGGUGUGAAGGGAAAUAAAACAGUUCAUGUCCUGACGGCAUCAGAGUUAAAACUUAUCGGUUUAUCUCUUCAGAUUUUUGUAAUUAAAGUAUUUUUUCUUACCUGAAAACUGAGAAAAUCCCUCUGAGGCUGAAAUCACCUGUAACCCACAACUGCAUCACCUACCUUGUAAUGAAAUCAAUAUUUCCUUUUAUUAAUUUGUCAGAUUUUCUUUUUUUCUGACUAUUUUUUAGACGUAAUUCUCCUUUUCAUGUUCAUAAUUACACUAAAACACUUAAAAACCUUCAAAUUAGAGCUCAGCAGGGAUUUAGUUUGAUGUUUCUGAGGUUUCUGAGCAUGCUCGAUAAGGUGAAGUUAUGUUAUCCCAUCAUUGGUCCUUUUAGCUGAUUUGGACAGUAGGAAGAGUGUUAAUAAGAAUAAAGGUUUUACAGAGAAGCAGGUAACGUUCAGAAUAAACUCUCGAUCUUCCAGGAAACCGUGUCAGAGAGACAAAAACAAACACUUCCUCUCAAAUUGAAGGCGGUUUGCCUCGUGGCCGAGCAUCAUCUCAUCAAACAGAACAUUACUCUGAAUCACGUCUUUAGCGAGAGUCCUCUGUUAUGAUGGCUCCGGGCUGCUGUUUUGAAGCUCGGCGUGACCUCUGACCUCCCCGCGAAGAGGGAGAAAAAUCGAUGCGGCAUCACAUCAUUUCUUGAUAUUAUUUAAAGGAAUUCAGAGCUCUGAAGCACGAGCGCAAUUGAAUUACUGUGUUCAAAAAUCGAUCAGAGAUUCACUCAUCCCUCCUCACGCACACACACACACACACACGUCGACUGAGCGUGUGUGUGCAUGUGUGUGUGUGUGCGGUGACACUCGAUACUUGACAUUCAGUGAUGGAGGAGCACUUACAGCAAUAAUUGGAAAUGUUCUUAGAGACAGAGCGGAGUAGUUUUAAUGUGAUUUGAGGUCAUGCUGUAUAGUUGUGAGUGUGAGUGUGUGUGUGUGUGUGUGUAUGAUACAGAGUGACACACACACACUCACACACACACACAUGCGGGGAAAUCACAGAGACGGAUGACCCUCAUGGGUGUAUUGACAUCUCUCACGGCUGAACAAAUGGUGCAGUUGAGUUGCGUUCACUGACAUCGAUCUGAAAAACUGUUUAACAUUCGUGCUGCAGCCUCACCUGGGCCAGCCGGAGAGCAUGGGGAUAUUCUCACACACACACACACACACACACACACACACACUCUCUCGCUGUGGUGUAUCACAUUUCAGCUGUUGAGCUAUCGUCUGAUAGCGCUGACGUUUUUGUUAACAGUCUUUGUGCGCAGAGAUCAGAUUACAGAUCUUUAAGAGAGGAUGAUGAUGAUGAUGAAGAUCCAUAUGUCCUCUUUUACCCGGACAUGUCCUCGCACACGUCCUCGAAGUUUAUAAAAUCCUUUAAAUGUCCACACUUUUGUACGUAAGUUUUGAUUUUGUGUGACUUACUAAGUUCGAAGCUCGUAAAGGACGCUCGAUCCGCCCCAAAAACUCUCAAAAUUAACUUUGUGCGACUCCAUGACUCCGCCCCCGCGUAGUUGUCUCCUCUUUUUAGGAAAUCAGAAUAUGGUCGUCCUACCGUAGGUCUCCGGGAGGCAAAGUAAAAACAGAAACAGAGUUUUGUGUGUUUGUUCUGAUUCUGGUUUUUGCUGGUUUUGAUUCUGAGAAUGAUUUUGGCGCCACAGGGUCGUAAAAAUACGAUAAUCAAGACAAUCACAAUGAUUAUUGAAUUAGCAACAGAGCGCCGGUGAGGCCCCUACCCCUCAAACAACUUUAUCGUAAUUUAAGGAAAAGCAGGCCGGUGUGUGUUUUUAAGUGCGCGCCUGAAAAGCCAAGGGACAGAAUGAUUGAGAAAGAGACAUCAUGAUAAAAUUCAAGCCUGAUUCUGAUCUUCUAGCCUUCACACCCGAGUUGGAUCGGAAACAAGAUGGUUACAUCUAUGAAAGUUGUUGUAUGGCGACAAUCCCAAACAACUUAGUCGCCUUGGGGCUGAGUAGUGGAAGCGCCCGUUAUUCCUCCAGAGUCUCCGGUAUUUACUUUGUUUUCUUGCUUGUGUCGGCAGUCGUGGCCAAAGGAGGAUUCAGACAAUUUUCCGAACUUUCUGGUUGGUUUCUACUGUCCGAUAUUGUAGCACGCUAACUUUGUUUGGGCUCCUGAACGACACGGGGGAGCAGCGUCUGCCUCACAACCAAUCAGGUUAGAGGAGGUGGAGAACGUUUGUUUACAGUCAGAAAGAGCGGGUCGUAGAAACCGGGUUAGUUCAGACGAGGAGUUUCUCGCUCUUUUACUCUGAAGAUGAAAUUCUGCAGCUUCAAGGUCACCAAAUAUAUUUCACACUCAUCCAUCAGCUUUUGUCUUUCUCUACCUCUCUCUCACACUCACACACACACACAGUGUGUACGCACACCAAUUCAUACACACCAGCAGGCAAUUACCAAUAUCUCCCAAAUCUGCUGACGUGACAGAAUGUAAAUGUAAUGUUGUUGUGCUCUUUGAAUAAUCGCUGUGAGGCGGCCAUACAUCCUUCUCUCUCUCUCUCUCUCUCUCUCUCUCUCUGCUCUCCUGCAGCUUCUUUUCAUUUUUAUUCAUUUCUUUCUUUUUUCUUUGUUUAUUUUCAUCUCUCUCUUUUUCUCUCCCUCUUUGUUUCUCAUAAUUGUGUUAACUUUGUUUUUCUGUUGUAGAAACAGAGGAUAUGUGGUCUGUUAGUAACACUGACUGUGAAGCUUGAACAUGCAGACCUUUAUUACCUGCAGUGGAAAUCACUCUGUUUCAGUCAGAGGUGGAUUCAAAGAGAAGUGUGUUCAAACUGGACAAAAUACAAGAGCCAACACAUGAAGUUUACGGCGAUGUUUCAUCUGCAUGACGUCGUCUUUUUAGCAGUUUUUGUGCAACUUUCCGGAUAUCAGUCUUUGAGUUUUCUGCCCCUUUGAGCACAAAAUUUUGAAACUUUCACCUAAAAAUAAAUCAGUUAUUCGCUAUUUUAUUGCAAAUUAAUCUUCUUACCACUAUAAUGAUGCAAAUGAAUAAUUAUCUUACACACUAGUGAUGUUGUGCACCAUGAUCCAUUUGUGGGGGAUGCAGGAAUAGUAAAAGAUAAAAAGUUAACAAACCAACGUGAUUAACAAUUGACUUUAAAUCAUAAUCAGAUUAUUUGAUUAUGACGAUGUACAAAAAAAUUAAAACCCUCAAAUCGAUUUUCCUCUCUAUCAUGUCUCGCGCCUCCAGGCCACCGUAGGCUCCUCCUUCCUCCACUUCCCACACACACCAGUGUAAACAAACAUGGCGUUUGCGAAAGAAGGCGAUAACUUCGUGGUUAAAUAGGACAAGAGCGAGUCAGUCGUGUUGAAUUGGUACGACUUUACAGUUUCAGAUGAAGAGUAAAUCACUCCCCGCUGCAAAGUCUGUCUGAAGGCGGUAUCAACCCGUCACCAUGGAAACGAAUUCAGGAGUAAACACUUAAGUUUUUUGUCGUAUCGGCGUUUCAGGUGACUGUAAACGGUAUUUUUUAAAAACAGGUCAGAGAGUGAAUAAAUCUGUAAACGACGACCAUUUCAUCUCCGUGUGGAUGUCUAUCUGCAUCUCUGGAAACGAUCAUGUGACACACAGAGUAACUCUUUUAUGGCGCCGAAACAACCUUUACACACAUGCUCUGUUCUCUUCUUCUGUCUUUGGUGCACUUCCAAUGCAGCGUUACAGCGCCACUUAAUGGCUUGGCAUAUACACUACAUCGUUUUGAGAGAUGAUAGAAAGACUUUUUAUUAAAGUGAAGUUUGGUGAAGUUGACAUCAGAAUCGAAAAUCGAGUUUAAGAGAAAAAAAUCAGGAUUUCAUUUUCGUCCAGGAUCGUACAGCCCUAUCUUCCAUGCCUGCAGUCAGUGAUGUUCUUCACCAUGAUCUGUUUGUGGAGGGUCCAGAAAUAGUUAAUAAACAGUCCACUAACCGACCUGAGUUGACUGACUCACUGGGUGAUCCCCGAGCCUGAAUGAGUGUGGAGGAAAACCCUCGUCUCUCCUCCUCUGGAAACAGUUGACAGCGUGUUGACACCUUCUCUGUGACACUCUGCUGGAGGAGCUGCGGGGAAUAAAAGCCUGGACGGAAACACUCUGAGCUUCACUUACUCUCCGUGUUCCUGGAAGAGUCGUGUCGUCGGGGAGAGCGGACUGAAGGUUUUAUUUUCUCACUUCAGAUUUCCCGACAGGUCAGAGGUUUUCUGAUGUAAUCAACGCCGAGCCGAGCUGGACGGGAAAGUUUUCUUCUGGGGAACAUCAGCGAGCGCGAGUGUGUGAGCGGGGACUGGAGGGAUUUAGAGUCAGAGUGACGUUUUUCUGCUGAAUUAUGGCUUCACCUCAGAAACAUCAUUAUCUUUAUUUUAGUUUAAAGCUGCUGAGAGGAACUUUUGGUUUGUGUUGAUUCUGGCGCCCCCUGUGGACAAAGUUAUACCUGGUAUUUUCUGCAAGAAAAGACUAACCCUGAAUUUACAUCACAUCCGGAACAGCUCAGAGUCGAAACGGUCCACGGGAUCCAUUUGUGAGGCGAAUUUCAUGGCGGAUUUCGGACAGCGGAAUCACAAGAACUCACAAGAACCUGCAGAUUCACAUGCAAUUACAAGUUGUCUCAAUAAGGACACAUAGACAUAUAAGCAGUAGACUGUGUCCUUCCAGAGGAGGAAAUCUACUUCUAGACGUCUAGAAUCAGUAUCUCCUCAUCCAUGGUGUCAUUGGGGUGAAAUGACGUCUAAAAACCUUUCACUUUUUUCACGCAGAGGAACGGAAAGAAGCCGGUGGAAAUUGACACGUUAACUUGAAUGGUUACGAUCAGCUACGAUCGGAGGAUACGACCUUCUUAUAGACGUUCCGGAAGUGGUGGAAACUCAGGGUCAGAGAGCUACAGGUAGAUUCUUUGGUUUCUAUCCUCCGCUUGUUGGAAAGAUUACAGGCAGCCGCCAACUACCUGAGCAGGUGCAGCAGAAUCAGUGACAAAUCUGCAAAAUAAACAUGGCGGCAGCAAUGAAGCCGUCUAAAUAUGGCGUGAUAUAUAACCUCUGCAAAUCAAAAGGACUUCUGCAAGAAAAAGACAAAAACACCGAGUUAAAGUGGCCUACAUGCAAAAAACUGCAGCUGUUAAUCACGCCUUUUGUACGGUUUAUAUUUAGACAUGUUAAAAUGAUCCGUCGUCCAUCUUUGCACGUGCAUAUAUAUGUAAUUUCCCAGGUGUGUGUGUGUGUGUGUGUGUGUGUCUAAGUGUCGUUUCCAACACCCUCCUGUGUUUUAUGUGUGCGAACAUUAAACUUUCCUCAUUUGUCUGAAAUUCUCACCUCUCACCGGACACAGACGCCCUCUCUGAACCUCUAUGUGUGUGUGUGUAGGUGUGUGUGUAUUUAAGAAAGUGUGUGUGUGUGUGUGUGUGUGUGUGUGUGUGUGUGUGUGUGUGUGUGUGUGUGUGUGUGUGUGUGUUCAAAGGCGACUGAGGUGAAGACAGAUGGGGAGCACAGCCGAGCCACUCCAGUUCUUUCAUCCCUCAUCAAACUAUUAAUUCAUCCUCACUCCGUCCACAGCUACACACACACACACACACACACACACACACACACACACACACACACACACACACACACACACACACACACACACACACACGGAGCUCCAGAUGAAUAUUAAUUGGGAUUGUGCUCGAUCUACACAUUCUCCUUCCCCGCUAACUUGCUACAUGGCUGAGCCUGAUUAAAGCCAAUCAUUUACAUAAUUAACAUAUGGUUCUGGCCCUUCCUUUAAUGUGCUGAUGGUCCUCACACACACUCACACACACACACACACACACGUAAAUACAAUACAAUACAACACGUGCUUUAAAACAACGUCUCCCUCUCGACAGCUCGAGUGUGGGUGUGUGUUUUUGCUAUUUCUGAAGUUUUCUGGAGUAGCUCCUCUGCUGCAGUAAAAACAGAAAUAACCGCCUCUGUUCGGACUCUCUGAGUGUCUCUCUGCCGUGAUUCUGUUGCCAGGAAUUGUUCUGACUUCUUAUGUUAUGAAACACAAAGUCUCUGAACUGUAAGAGUUUUCAGUGUUUAUGCAGAUUAGUUUACACUCAGUAACACUCAAGUUUCAGUCGACCCUCGUCAGCUGACCUGAGUUCAGAUUAAAUUGAACAUUUUAAUCCCGCUCAGGUUUGACAUUAACUCUUUGAUUUGUUAAAACUUGUAUUAAAUUAACAUUUCCAUUGAAAUAUCUGCAUCAAUGUUCAGCUCACACACUUUCAAACUCACAGGAAUAAACAGGGAGUACCAGCCACCAAACAUCUUUUUAACUUUGACUCAUUUCUUAUCAAAGAGACUAAACACAACUCACCUACUCUCUUCCAGCAGCCGCUUGUUUGUGGGGGGAGCCCUGACGAGUCGAUCACCGAGUGCAGCGGAGACAUGGUAGUUCCUCCACAUAAGCGUCUCGGUCUGAUUGAAUUUCCAGUAAUGAUCAUAAAUGUUCUUUCUUGAGCUGUGAAACUCUGCUGCACUCUGUGAUCGACACGUCAGGUCUCCCCCACAAAUAAACGGGUGCUGGAAGAGAGUAGGUGAGUUGUGUUUAGUCUCUUUGCUAAAGAAAUUAGGCAAAGCUAAAGAGAUGUUUGAUGGCUAGUGAUAGGGCUGGGCAAUAAAAUUUACCAAUACUGAAAUUAACUGAUGUCAUUUUGCCGAUAUCAGUAUAUUCGAUGUUAAAAAAAUAAAUCAAUCAAAGUUGUUUAUGGAUGUGUGUAGGUAGGCUAUGGUCUCAUGUCCCUUUAAGACGCUGUCCUACAUCAGAGACGUGACUC